CCGGAAGUCAUUGCGUUGUGUGUUUGUACGCACACGUGUGUGUGUAUCGUAAGUUUACUCCUGAAUUAUGUGAACAUAAUUAUAAACAGUUGCAGCGUUGCCGUUGUUGAUUGUGCACAUAAUGGGGGAGGUAUUCCAGAUGGCAGAAAAUGUGUGCUGCAUUGUCAACAUCAGAUCCCAUCGUGAUACCGCAGACCAUGACAGCCGGCCUCCCAGUCCUCGAGACUCGGUAGCCCAUCCCUGCGAUUCUGAACUGGAGCAAAGCAGUUGUAGUGGAAUCCUUCUGGAUUCCAGACAAGGCUUGGUACUCUGUCCCAUCAGUGCAUUUAUCCCCUUUUUGACAGAUCUGGAUUCUGAAAAUGCCCAAAAUAAAGGAUACAUGCAAGCCAGAGAUCUCUGCGAACUGGAGAUUUCAGUUACUCUUGGCAAGAGUGGUGCCAACAAAAAAGGAAGACUUCUCCAGACACGCGUGACGGGACAUAGAGCUGUGUCUCCGAAGCUGUCCAAUUUGAAGCCAACUUAUAAACAGCUACACACUGCGAACAUUGUGACAAUGUUUCCGUGCAAGGAGUUCAUGGAAAUAAUGUCACACUUGCUGCCUCAGAGUGAAAAGUGGAAGUUUAUUGAUAACAUUGAUCAUUUAGGUAGCACGCCAGAGACAGAGUGGCAAGUUAGUAAAAAGCAGAUGCAGGCUGCAGGCUUGCUGGGUUGGUUUGCUCUGCUUUCGCUGGAUGGCUGGAGUAUCCAUGGCUUUGAUUCCCAACUGUCUUAUAUCCUAGCAAGGGACCUUUACAAGGGUAAGCGGUUCUCACCGUGUGGCUCACCGUUUGGCAGCUUCUUCCCCGAUGUCUUUUUAAACUCGUUGAGCAAGGGCAUCGUCAGCGGUCUGGCUGGCAGUAAUAACGAGCUGAUGACGACUGAUGCCCGCUGCAUGGUUGGUACCGAGGGCGGAGCAGUGUUCGUGGAGGCGCCCCCCUCCUCCGAUGCUCCCGGUGGGCGCCAGCUGCUGGCCGGAGUCAUCGUGGUGCCGCUUUUCUGGAAGUCAGGCGAGUUUGUAGGCCUCACCCUGGUCUGCUCCUUCUCGUCCAUCUUGAACAGUUUCCGGCAAACGCUCGAGAGAAUUUCUGGGGAUUUCAGUCGCUCAAUCGGGGAUUUACGAUCGGUCAGGAUGCAACCUUGCAUGGGGAUUCUGGACUCCUGUCCGACCGGGACGCUUGGCGGACUGAGCAACGUGGUGCUGAUUGAACAGAAUGCGACUUGGGGCUCCGGGGUGAUGGUGGAUCCGGCUCAUGGAUUGGUGGUCACCUGCCGACAUGUGGUGCAAGGGGCGCCCAAUGGGAAAGUGAAGGUCAUGAUCAGGGCGGACACUUGUGAAGAGAGCUUCACUUGGCUGGAUGGAACAGUUUUGUUCGCCACCAGCCUGGACUCACCCUACGACCUCUCUGUUGUCGAGCUCUCGCAAUCCUGCCUCCACAUUCCGCACGUGGAGAUAUCACAGCACUACACAGCUGGGGAGGACGUGCUCGUGGCGGGCUUUGCGCUGUUUGGGAAGCGCGCCGGUCCCACGCUCACCUCGGGGGUGAUGUCGUCCGUGGUGACGCUGCUGGACGGGCGUCUGCGGGCAACGGAGUUGGCGCCGCUUCGUCUCCCGGGCGGUGCAGCGGAGUGCAGGGCGGGCGCCCCGGCUGGCGGAGUUGUCAUGCUGCACACGAGCUGCGCCGUGCACGCGGGCGCCAGCGGGGGAGCCGUGAUGCGCAGCGGCAGUGGCGAGCUGCUGGGGAUCGUUUCCAGCAACGCUCGUGACAACGUGACCGGGGCCAGCCACCCGCACAUCAAUUUCAGUGUACCCGCCGCGCUGCUGCAGCCAUGCUUGGAGGCUUACCGUCGCACCCAAGACCCAACUGCCUUCUCUUUGCUCAACAACACCAGCCUCGAUCUCAAAGCCGUAUGGGGCCUGAAAAACAUCAGGAGACUCGCCAAGUUACCCACGAGCAAACUCUAGCUAGCUAGCUAGCGUGUGAUUGCUAAAGGGACCUCUAUUCUUGAUUUAUCCUGCUUUUCCAGGUGGGUUACUGAUUGUCAAAUUUAGACGCCCUCUGUUAAUAAGUACGCUGGAAGGCUGGGCAAUGCAAUCCAUUGCAGUAAUACAAUUCGCAGAGGACUUGGAAAUGUAAUCCACAGUGACUUAUCAAUCACAGCUUUUAUAACUGAAUCACGUAAUGCAUUUUGCAAGGUGACUGACUACAAAUGAAUGUUUAUGGGUUUCUAUGCAGCAAUGGAAGAGCUCUUUAUAGUAUUUUAUUAAUAUAUUACCAAUUGUAUAGCAAUUGUUAUCUGAGUCAUGUCGCGUGACAAAGGUCCUUCGAAGGACGAAGGUUCUUCAGAAGACAGAUUCUUUCCGUAAUUCUCUCAGCAGAGUCGUGCAUUGUGUCAGGGAAAUGCUUAUCGACGAUGACACAUCGGAACUGAUUAGCCGGGUCGUGGUGGCGUGUGCCUGUAAUCCAGCAUUGCGGAGGAGUGGGUUGGCAGAUCAAACGAAUGUUCUGAAACUCCAUGCCUGUGGGCUUCGAGGUGCCAUACCCUUGGCCUUGCCAGGAGAACGCGUGCACAGCAAAUGUGGACUCCACCUGUUCCAUCUGCAUGGGAUUGUGCUGCUAUUUAACGCACGUGAGUUUUCUGUGGGUGUACUCCGGUUUCCUCGCACAUGUAAACAAUCGUGUGAUUGGCCAAUUCUAAUGUAAUAUACUUUAGAGCUUGUAUCAAAUUACGUGAAAAGCAAGUGUCGAAUAUUAACACUCGUGACCAGACUUGAGACUGUGAACUCAAUAGACUUGAGAACCAGGUUUAAAUCGAGUGUAAAAUUUAACCCACCUCGUUGGUGACAGAUCAUUAGUCUGACAUGAGCAUUAACCCGUGUGCCACAUCCAGUUGCUAUUUCUAUCUUACAACAUUUUCAAGAUGUAAUUUUCUCUGAAAUGUAAAGAUACCACCCUUUCAAAGGGAUUAUUGUAAAAAAAAUCCAAUCAAAAAUAUUUAAAAUGUUUUUUUAAACAAAAUUCAUAUGCAUAAGCCCACACCCCAUGAAUUUGAAAAAUAAAUAAUUUAUGGCUGAAUAACAUACGAGUUAUUUUUGUGGAGUGGAAGUGUUCUGUGACAAAGUGCGUGCCCAAAUUAGCGAUCGUUCGCCCAUUUAUAGUCCAUAAAAUGAAAACAACUUUUUUGGAAUAACACAGUAAAUGUCCUACUUUCAGACUGGCUCCUAUCAUGGGAAUGUGG